AUGAGUAAAGAUACCAACGAAGAAAUGAAUAAAGCUCAUUCCGGUGAUGUUUUUAUGAAGCCUCUUCAAGAAGGAAAGCCGAAAGAUGUUCCAGUAGAAGAAAUAAUUGUCCAGUUUGAAGAUGAUGCUAAAUCGUACAAGAUAGAUUUCUUGUGUAAGACUUUUCCGUAUUUCAAAACUCUCUUCGACUUUGAACUAAGCAACAAGAGUGACUCCUCGAUGAUCAAGUACUCUCUUCCGAUGAAAAAAUGUCUUUUCGAAUGUUUUCAUGACAAACACGAAAAGGACAUUGAGUGGGCGCCGAGAUUUCUUGAGAAGCUUGAAGAAUUGAAAGAUGGUUCAGAAGAGUUCCCUGAUAUGGUUCGACGAGCGAUGAUUUUUCUACAGAUUGAUGAGUACAUGGUCUCGGCAAAAGAUGAAGAUGAUGAUUUUUUGGGUCACACGUUAGCUGACUACAAAGAUGCCGUGGAAGCUGAAUGGGAUGGCAAUGGCGAGCCUCAUGAUAAGUGCCCAGUAAAGUACUUGUACUCCGUUAGGGGAUUCUUGAUGCUCAGAUAUUUCCACAGAAAUAUAUUCAAUGUGCCUGACCGUGAGGAUCGUGAUUAUCGUGAUUGGUGGGAGUUCGACAUUCCUGAUAUCAUUCCUGAAGUCCCAGAGAAAUACGCAUGGGUGAUGUAUCAUGGAGGAAAUUAUGGUUUGUUCGUUUUCUUCACAGAAUCCAUGAUAUGGGAUGAUCAUUUUGGUGACGAAGAUGCUUGUGUUAAAGACGAAGAGAUAGAGUUUUGCUUCGCCCAGGAGAUUCGAGUUGAUUAUAAUCACAGACCUAGUGGGGAAUUCUAUAUUCAGGAGUAUGGAAUCAAUGAGCUUCGAGCCAAGGAAGGAAGAUCUGAUUCAAAGUUCGCUCUAUAUUCGUUUUGGAAUCUUGGCGAACCACUUGAAAUCAUUCAAAUGGAAUAUGGGAAGAGAUACAAGGUCACAAUAAACGUCUAUCUUGAGCGGAAAGAUGUAUUCGUUGAUGUUGAUGGUACGAAAAAUAUGGGACCUUGGCUAGAAGUUGAAGACGAAGAAGGCCUUUCUUUUGAAAUCACAUUCCCUGGACAUCGCUGUAUCCCGUUCGAGCUGUAA